GAUUGUAAGUACGGAUUGGAAGUUCURUUUGUAUGGAACGCCGCAGAUCUUAGUGGGGGAGAUAUAGCUGGCGUUUCGGUUGAAGCUGCUACUUGAGAAGUGGCGGAUAGAGUUCGCCACAAGACGUACAUUGAUGGCAAUUGACAGUGUCAAUUUGAUACUGACAUCCUGACAUUUUACCGACUACUAAAACGGCGUUUAAACGGUUUUAUACUUAAUAUGGACGAGUCAGAUAGGCUAAGUGAUAAGUUCCAUUACAUCUACAGCUCAGACAUCGAGACAAAAAUCCAGGUGAAAAUUGGAAGCCUGGAUGGUAGAAGACUAAAACCAACCUACGAGGAGCUUUUAAGAGAGCCCCAUCUAAAGUUUUCCAAUGAAAUUCGGGAUGGGUGUUCUGAUUUAAUGGUUGAGUGUCAAAUAUGGGAUAACAACGAGCCGCUCUGUCUACCAGUUGGGACUGAGCACAAGCCAUUCACUAAUGGCUGGAAUUGGAAUGAGUGGUUGCACAUCCCGCUGGAGUUUUGCGAUUUGCCUCGAACCGCUCAACUAGCCUUAUCGGUGUUCGAUUGUGGGGGCCCUGAUAAGUUGAUUCCAGUCGGAGGCACCACAGUGUCUCUUUUCAGUAAACAUGGCAUGUUCAGAGAGGGAAUGUUGGAUCUCAGAAUCUGGCCCAAUGUGGUUGCAGAUGGCCACACCCCUACUACAACCCCCGGUAAAGGACAUGACAAAAACGAUCCGUCUACAUACGAAAUGUGGAAGCUGGAUAACUUAACCGAACGAUAUAGAAACGGGCACAUUCACAAGGUUGACUGGCUGGACAGACUAACGUUCAGAAAAUUAGAAAAUACGUAUGCCAAUGAAAAGAAAGCCUCCAAUCACAUGUAUCUAACUGUAAAGUUUCAAAAAUUCGCUGUGAACAAUACGGCGUAUCAUGUGGUUUAUUUCGAGCAAAACGGUGAAGAUAUUCACACGUUUAAACCGAAUGCUGAUUUGGUUUUUGUUCCUGAUCCUGAAAUAGGAAAGGAAAAUUUAGUGGAACGCAAACAUCACAUGCUGGCCCGGUCUGUGCGAAGUGGCCACAAUGAUAAAGAUGCAAAACCCAAUGCCGCAGUAAGAGAUAUUUUAAAUAAAAUCGUCUCUUAUCCUCCAACUCAGCAACUGUCCAGCGAAGAGCAGGACCAUGUAUGGAAAUUCCGAUUCUACCUAAGCACGCAAAAGAAAGCAUUAGCAAAGUUCCUAAAGUGCGUUAAUUGGCGUCAUCAGAAUGAGGUUCGCCAAGCAUUGCACCUUAUUGAUAUGUGGGUUCCCAUGGACAUUGAAGACGCUUUGGAACUUCUUAGUCCCAACUAUACAAAUCCGGCCGUUCGCAGAUAUGCGAUAAGCCGCUUACAGCAGGCUCCUGAUAAUGAAAUUUUGCUCUAUUUACUGCAACUUGUACAGGCAUUGAAAUAUGAAAGUUUUGCCACCAUUAAAGAAGGAUUUGCGAGGCUGGCAUCCGGAUAUGACGUGUAUUCUAUAACGGAAGAAACCGCCAACAAUUGCCUGGAGAAGAAAGAUUCCAAAGACAGCAACUGCACUGUUACAACUGAAACAGUAUUACAAAAAUCGUCCAGUUAUAAUAAUGCUGAUGAGUUAGCUUCUUCAGUAGAUAACAGUGUUGUUGAGGAAGAAACUGUGCCAGUUCAAGCGACAACCCAACAUGUGGUUCCCUCCAUAGUUAAAAACGUUUGCACCGAAUCAGGAAACACGGACACUCUUCGAAGCAACAUGUACGAAGAAGAAGACAUAAAUGAUUUGGCGUCUUUUCUGAUUUCCCGAGCUUGCAAAAAUUUCACUCUGGCCAAUUACUUCUUUUGGUAUUUGCUGCUUGAAUGCGAAGACCAGGAAGGCACCGUUAAGCAAGAUGAGGACGUUCGCAACAUGUACGUAGCAGUGAUGAAGACCUUUUCGCAAACGCUGGCGAAAGGCACUGAAGCCAUGCAGAAAAAGCGCGAAACUUUAACAAAGCAGCAGAAAUUUAUCGAUAAACUUGUACACUUAAUUAAAACCGUAUCAAGAGAAAAUGCGUAUAGAUCUGCAAAAAUUCAAAAACUCAAAGACUUACUGGCCGAUCCUGAUGCGUUCAAGUAUAAUUUUUCCAAGUUUGACCCGAUUCCGCUGCCUCUAGAUCCAGAGGUGAUGAUCACGGGUAUUAUUCCUGAAAAAGCCAUGCUGUUCAAGUCGGCCUUAAUGCCAGCCAGGCUCAACUUCAUAACUAGUGAAGGCACAGAAUACGUGGCUAUUUUCAAACUCGGAGACGAUCUGCGGCAGGAUCAACUGAUUCUACAGAUGAUCACCCUAAUGGAUAAGCUACUAAAUAAGGAAAAUCUGGAUCUUAAGCUGACACCUUAUAAAGUAUUGGCUACGAGUACAAAGCAUGGGUUUGUGCAGUUUAUUCAGUCAACCACUGUUGCUGAAGUGCUGGCUUCCGAAGGCAGCAUCCAGAACUACUUCAGGAAAAAUCACCCACAAGAAAACGCGCCUUAUGGGAUACAACCUGACAUAAUGGACGCCUAUAUACGGUCAUGUGCUGGAUAUUGUGUAAUCACAUAUUUAUUAGGGGUCGGAGACCGACAUCUGGACAACCUGCUGCUUACCCAAGAUGGACGGUUGUUUCAUAUAGAUUUUGGGUACAUUCUGGGUAGAGAUCCCAAGCCAUUGCCACCUCCAAUGAAACUAAGUAAAGAAAUGGUUGAAGCAAUGGGUGGCAUCAACUCGGAGCAUUAUCAAGAGUUCAAAAAACUCUGCUAUACGGCGUUUUUGCAUCUAAGAAGGCACGCAAAUCUAAUGCUGAACUUGUUUUCCUUGAUGACAAAAGCUAGCGUACCAGAUAUAGCCUUGGAACCGGACAAAGCCGUUAAGAAAGUUCAGGAUAAGUUAAUGUUGGAUUUAGGCGAUGAGGAAGCUGUGCAUGAGAUCCAAAAUUUGAUUGAUUCGUCUGUUACUGCUGUGAUGGCUGCUAUUGUAGAACAUUUACACAAAAUUACACAGUACAUGAGGAAAUAAGGUUGGUACUUGACUUUGCGUGAAAUUUUUCAACCGAAUGGUCUUAUAUGCCGCAGAAACAUACGAAUCCUUACUCAGAAAGGUUCAAGGGAUUUUCGGUUGUACGAUAAUUUUUAAAUUAAUUAAAUUUGCUGAAAGACUGUCCUAGGUAUAAGAUUUAAUAGAUUUAUUUACAUCUAA